GCGCCGCCAUCAGUUAGUUCAAUGACAACUUCUUUCCCUCUUCGAUUUUUCGACGUCGAAACAAAUUUUACCAAAGUUUUUAUUAUUAUUAUUUGUCGAGUACCAGCAGUAGUAGUACCAGCGUAAUUGUUUUUAUUUUUAGGUGUUUGGGCCAAUAAUUUAUAUAGAGAAGAUUGUUUGCGUGAUUGUUGUACAUAUAAGUUUUGUUAGUUUUGGGUAAGCUAAUCUAGUCAUUAUGAAGUGGUUGGUUAGUUCCGCGUGCGUAUUUAGUGCCCUUAUUCUCACAGUAUAUGCAGCGCCAGCGUCCACAGGUCUCCAGGUAUCUGCGUCUGCCAGUGGUGGAGGAGGAGGAGGUUUGGCAGGUAUUUUAUCAAAUAUUGAUUUGCCAGGAUUAUUACAAGGAGUAAACAGUUUCGUUAAACUAGUGGGGGCGUUUUGUCCACCAUUGUCGCAGGUGUUGGACAAUGUGAUCCAAAACGUAACUAGUACCGCCUUCCGGGUGUUUGGUAGAGCGAUUUUGCGGAGCGGCGGGCUGGGAGGCAACAGCGGUAGUACCAGUGGAGAUUCAGGCGGUCAAAGGGUUAACGUGGUACUGCCCACUUUCCCGCCAGACGAGGAUUACGAAGACGAAGACGAAGAUGCUUCUACUACUACUACAGUUACUAGUAAUAUCGCUAAAUUGUCGCAAGAUGUCGAAGAAGUUUCAGAUGCCGCGGUAACCCUUUAUACAUCAGUCGACGACGAUUCGGCCAAUACGAUAGCGAAACGUCACGUUCGGGUGUUGAGGGAGGCGCCUGAGGCGGCGGAAACGGCCGAAGAAGAAUCUUCGGAUCAGGAAGGAGCGGAAUCCGCCCCUGAACCCGGUCAAGACGCUAACGACGUCGACGACCAGGACCGUAACAAGCGGUACUCGCCGUUCGGGGGUGGCGAUGCUCAUACAGGGGCGGGUUCCGGUAACUUUUUGUUCGAUAUUAUAAGGUUGGUAGCCGGUUCGGGAGCCACCGAAGAAUCCGAUGAGCAUGAUGCUGGAGGAGUGGCAGAGUUAGACGUACAAAAAAGCGCAGACGGCUACACCGAAGGUAUUCCUGGGCCCAUAACCAGGCUAUUUGUAAUCGCUAACCGAGGACUUGCCAAUUUGGUACAAGAUUUGAUUCUGCGUCUGGCCCAAACUAGCGAAAGACUAGUCAACUUCAAGGCACGUCUCAUCACCGCCCUUAUUUAAAUAGUUGCCAUCAGAUUUUCAAUUUUGUCAUUUUGUUUUUUUUUGGAAAAAAAUAUAAAAAAUUCUUCAAGCCAGGAAAUAAAUCAUCCACCAACCACCAAGAGCUAGUAGUGAAAUUAUUAAAUUAUUAUUAUUGUACAUAGUUAAUUAUGCAAUUCAUUAAUUAAAAUUGUAAAUACCUUUAUGUUUUCCAAAGUAUGUAUAUAGAUGAAUCAAAUUUUGAUAGGUUUUAAUAUUGUUAAAGAUUAGAGAGAGAGCGAGUAAUUAUUUGUAGGUAUUUUAUAAUUUAAUAAAAAAAUUAGUACUAUAUUAUUAGGUCACAGUAACCAUUUCCUCAUAGUCCCCAAAGUUCGUAAAAACAUAAUUCCAAUGCUUGGGAUCGCCCCGAGGGUCCAAAGGUAAAUUACCAGGCGGUACCGCACUUGCGUUGUACUGUUGAAGCUUUAAUUUUAAAGUUUCAACAACAUUUGGGUACUUGUCGGCCAAAUUUAUGUACUCGCACGGGUCUUUGGCAAUAUCAAACAAACAAGCGGCUUUAAUUGGAUCGCAAGGUACCACAGUUGCGUUACCACACUGUACUGUUGCCUCACUUCUGAGGCGGUUGAUUGUAGAGUCGCUGAUGCUUCUGAGGGCUUUGCCCACCAGGCUUUGAUGUAUCAGAGAAGUAUUGUAGGGUUGAUUGCGGCCUGAAGGGCCGUACCAGUUGUCCCACGCGCCCUCAUAAGUAGUACCUUGAAUUAGCUUCCAGUUGUCGAGCAUUAAAGCAGCGUUACCGUAAAUGUCGUCAAUGUUAUGCAAGAUUUCGUGUCUAGGAGAUUCAAUAUUAUGUGACAAUGCAUUCCAGAUGCUUUGCCCAUCCAAAUCUUUUAAAUCA